UUUGGCAAAUUUGGCAUUGGUUGAUGAUUGUUUUAGGUUGAGUGGUAAUGAAUAAAUGAGUAAUUUAUUUACUUUAAAGGAUUGUCUCAUGCGUAUUUUUUGUAUGGUGGAACAAAAUAGAAAUGGAAUUUUGCAUUAGUGUGCUUCUAAAAGAAAUAAAAUAAGACUGAUAAUUCGAAUCUGAAUAGAUAAACGAAACGAACACAAAAUGUAUAAGCAACGAUCUAGUGUAGUGUUUUUGUGCGUGUGCUUGCUGGCGUCAUGCUGGGCGCAGCGGGCCGAGCAACUCCUAGCACAGAACCCGUGCUCUAGCAAGACGAUCUGUAGCGACUGUAUACGCACCGCCUUCUGUGCGUGGUGCUUCGCCCCAGAGUUUAACGGCCCUCGGUGCUUUAACCCGGCGGUAGAGGGCGGCACCGCCGGCUGCGAUGAAGCCUACAUUUUCAACCCCGACAACCAGCGCACUCUCGAUCCUAUGUUUAAUAAAGAAUUGACUAGAGCAAGGGGUCGCAUCGGGGCGGGUAUGGAGUCUUCGUUCUACGAGGAAUCUUAUAGCAGCAGCAGCAGCACCAGCAUGAAGGGUGGCAGCGGUUACAUGGCCGGAGGAGGCGCGGCUUUCGGCGAGAACUUAGUACAAAUUAAACCACAACGAGUCAAUAUGAAAUUGAGAAUGAAUCAAAUGGAGAAGAUGUCGUUCUCGUACGCUCAGGCGCAGGACUACCCGGUGGACUUAUACUACCUUAUGGACCUCAGUAGAUCUAUGAAGAAUGACAAGGACAAACUAAGUACUCUCGGCAGUCUCCUCUCGAGUACGAUGAGGAAUAUAACCUCAAACUUUAGGAUUGGAUUCGGAUCGUUCGUCGACAAGCUCGUCAUGCCAUACGUGUCAACUGUACCCAAAAAUUUGAUCUCCCCUUGUGACGGCUGUGCGGCUCCCUAUGGCUUCAAGAAUCAAAUGUCUCUCAGUAAUGACACCGACUUCUUUGAUAAAGCAGUUGCCGGUGCUGAUGUAUCAGGUAACCUGGAUUCCCCUGAAGGUGGCUUCGACGCCAUCAUGCAGGCGAUCGUCUGUCAGCGGGAAAUCGGAUGGCGCGAGAAGGCCCGUCGUUUACUUGUGUUUUCAACGGAUGCUGGCUUCCAUUACGCUGGUGACGGAAAGCUCGGUGGAAUUGUACAACCUAAUGAUGGAGAAUGCCACAUGGAAAACAACUCAUACACACACUCAACCAUUCAAGAUUAUCCCAGUAUUUCUCAAAUUAAUCUCAAGGUAAAGGAGCAUGGCAUCAAUGUGAUAUUCGCGGUGACAUCGGAGCAGUUCAAGGUGUAUGAGCAGCUCAGCAAGAACAUCCAGGGCUCCAGCAGCGGCGUGCUCAGCGAGGACUCUGACAACGUCGUCGAACUUGUGCGCGAACAGUACAAUAAAAUAACAUCGACGGUAGAAAUGAAGCACACGUCGAGUGACGCCGUGCAGCUGGUCUACUACUCCUCCUGUCUCGGCCCCAAGGGCAACCUCAAGAAGACUAACAAAUGUGAUGGAUUGAAGGUCGGUGAUGUUGUGGAGUUUACCGCGGAGAUAACAUUAAAGGAGUGUCCUAAAGAUCCGAGCAAGUGGAAGGAGACAUUCACCAUCUACCCUGUGGGCAUGUCGGAGAGUCUCACCGUCGAGCUGGAGAUGGUAUGCGACUGCCCCUGCGAGCACCCUGGACACCAUGCGUACAGCGAGAGUCCGCUUGUGUGUAGCGGGCAGGGAAUAUCCGCGUGUGGCGUGUGCCUGUGUAACCCGGGUCGCUUCGGCAAAGGUUGCGAGUGUUCAGCGCACGGCGGUGCCUCCCUGGAGCAGGAGCGCGGCUGCAGGCCCGGCAACGCCUCCGCAGGCCCGCUCUGCUCCGGCCGCGGCUCCUGCAACUGUGGACUCUGCGAGUGCAACAAGCUUGAUGACCCCCUCAAGGUGAUAUCUGGUCCAUUCUGCGAGUGCGACAACUUUACAUGCGACAUGAACAAGGGCGAGCUGUGUUCUGGGCGAGAGCACGGCGAGUGCGUGUGCGGCAAGUGCGCCUGCAAGCCCGACUACACUGGUCCCGCCUGCCAGUGCCCACUCGAUGAGACACCCUGUCUAGCUCCCAAUGGUAAGAGUUGCAGCGGGCACGGUCACUGUGUGUGCGGGCAGUGUGUGUGCGAUGUGGACGAGGACCGCCACUACACUGGUAUAUACUGCGAGAAGAGUCCCGCGUUGCCCAGAAAAUGUUUGGACUUCCAAGAAUGUGUCCUAUGUCAAGUGCACAAGCGAGGCAGACUUUACAAUCCUGAUGAGCCGAAAGAAUGUGGCAAAUGUGACCUGGAACCUGUUAUUGAAGAAGGAAGAAUUGAAGCCAAUCAAACACUGAACGAGAAUCUGUGCAACUACUACGAUGACGACCACUGCUUGUAUGUGUACGUGUACUCAUACAAUGAAACCGAACAUCUUCACAUCCGAGCGCAGAAGGAGAAAGUCUGUCCCAAGAAGGUGUCGAUACUCGGCAUCGUGCUCGGUGUGAUAGCAGCCAUCGUGCUGGUGGGGUUGGCGCUGCUGAUGCUGUGGAAGAUGGUCACCACAAUACACGACCGUCGAGAGUUCGCGCGCUUCGAGAAGGAGCGUAUGAUGGCUAAAUGGGACACGGGCGAGAAUCCAAUUUACAAACAGGCGACAUCGACAUUCAAAAAUCCUACGUACGCGGGAAAAUAAAGAUCUGUCAGAUCAGUUUCUGAACCAGAAACUUGAUAUUGAAAUCUCUGUACAAUUAUCUCAUCCGUAGUAAGCAUAUGAAAAAAAUAAACCAACAGUAUUUGCUAAAACAAAAUUAUUUUUUAGGAAUUUUUAGAUGUCUGUUAAAAAAAUGCCUUAAAAUUGUGCCUUUAUAUAACUACCAGAUUUGCAUUGAAGAUAUUUUAUACAAUAGAUUUUUGUAUUGAAAAAUUUUUUAAAUAUUUUUUUUUUCAGAAAAUGCUUUAUAACGGUGUUAUAAUCUCAUACAUUUUCUGUACGCUUUUGUACUUAGUGUGAGUGUUUGUAUGUACUUAUGUGUGUAAUUUGAUCGCGUAUUAGACGUUAUGUAGUGCCGAAAUAUAUAUAAAGAAAAUAUUGAAGCCCCAUAUAUAUA